GUACCUGUUUCCAGUAAAACCUGAGGCUUGGGUGGACUAGGGUGAUCGUCGAUAAGUCGCGAUCUGUCGCAAUAGAUAACGAUAGAUAAGUGGAGAAUAACUUUCAAUUAAAUUGUGUUGUGAUGUAUUGGCAGUAUGAGAAAUAAUUUUGCAAAUGUAGUUCUAUUUUGGUAGCUUUCACGGAAAUAGGAAUAAGACUCCAAAAAUGCCGUGCUGGUAUUAUGAAAAGAAAGAACUUCGUAAUACACCAUCCAUUCAAGACGGAAUAGACUAUGAGACAGAGUGUCGGUACCGAAAGGAGGGAGCAAGGUUUAUUAUAGACACUGGAACAAAAAUGGACCUGGGCUACAACACAAUGGCUACUGGUGUUGUUUACUUCCACAGAUUCUACAUGUUUCACUCAUUCAGAAACUUUCCAAGAUAUGUAACAGCAUGUUGCUGUUUAUUCUUGGCAGGAAAAGUGGAGGAGACGCCAAAGAAAUGUAAAGAUAUAAUUAAAACAGCUCGGAGUCUACUUACAGACCAGAAGUUCUUGACAUUUGGGGAAGAUCCUAAGGAAGAAGUGAUGACACUUGAAAGGAUUCUUCUUCAAACUAUUAAGUUUGACUUACAAGUAGAACAUCCUUAUAGUUACCUUCUAAAAUAUGCGAAGUGCCUGAAAGGUGAUAAAACAAAAUUACAGAAGAUGGUGCAGAUGGCUUGGACAUUUGUGAAUGACAGUUUAUGUACCACUUUGAGUUUACAAUGGGAACCAGAAGUGAUUGCUGUGGCUCUUCUGUAUCUUGCUGGAAAGCUCAGCAAGUUUGAAGUCGUUGAUUGGUCAGGUCGCACAGCGAAACAUCUACGUUGGUGGGAUAUGUUUGUUGAAGAUCUCACAAUGGAUCUGCUUGAAGAUAUUUGUCAUCAAGUGCUGGAUCUGUACUCUCAGCCGCAAACAUUAACAUCUCCUGACUCUCCUCCCCUGUUGCCAUCUACUCACUCUCCAACAAUGAAGAAGGAACGGGUGCCGCAACCAAUAUCGCCAGUACCUCCACAGCUCUCUCCAGUGCGUACAGCCAUUCCUGUAAAAGUGAGCAAGGAUAUUAAGCCAUACAUGAUACCAAGCAAUGGAGAAGGAAGCCAUGAUAAGACAGACAAAACUUCUGAAAUUGUCAAUCAGUAUCAAUAUGGUGCAUAUUCACAUUCAUCGAUGACUCCAACAUUUCCACCAACGUACACAACUCCACUUCCUGUUAAUGUGACAGCUCCUGUUCCCACUAAUACAUCCACGGCUCCUUCCGCAGUACAGCCGAGCCCUCAUGUUCCGGGUGCAAGCACAGCCGCAACAUCAUACACCCCAUAUCCACCUCCUCCACACCAGUACACUACAUCACAGUAUUACCAAGCGCCAUCUGGACCACCUGCCAGUAGACCUUAUUAUCCACCUGGAGGGGGGCAAGCCAGUUAAUUUACCGUAUAUUCAUUGUAAUGAUGUGCUGUUGUGACACCAUUUAGGGCCCUAAAAGGGGCAGUUUCUUCUGGCCAGGAUCUGACCUCUUUCCCAUUUCCAUGGAUCUGAGUGAUCAUCUUGGAACCUUAAUAUGUAACCUAACCACAUUCUCAAUUCAUCCCAGAAGAUGGAGGUAGUGUGCUAGUUUGAAACUUUGAUACCCACUCGCAGGACUACAUUUUGUAACAACACAGAAGAUCACAACCUGAACAGUCUUCACCAUAAAGACUUGAAAGUUUAUGUUUAUCAUUUUGCAGUACCAUAAUGAACUGAUAACUGUUCAGAUGGGGUUGCAAAUGCUGAAGUUUCAACUGGCUCACUAUAUUUAUUUAUAUGGCAGUUGCAUUACUUAUACAGAUAUUUUCAAUCUGGUACAAGAUGUAUAUAUAGCUGUGCAUUUAUUAAUAAAUCUGAUUUCAUGACAAGUGAACUGACAGGUCUCAAACACACUCUUAUUAUAUGUAUAGUCUGUCUUUUCUGUAAAGUUGUGUUUCAUUAAUACAUAAAUGUGCAUAAAACCAA